AUGGUCAACCCCACCGUGUUCUUCAACAUCGCCAUCGAUGGCAAGCCCUUGGGCCGCACCUCCUUGGAGCUGUUUGCAGACAAAUUUCCAAAGACAGAAGAGAACUUCCGUGCUCUGAGCACUAAGGAGAAAGGAUUUGGUUAUAAAGGUUCCUGUUUUCACAGAAUAAUUCCGGGAUUUAUGUGCCACGGUGGUGACUUCAGAUGCCAUAAUGGCACUGCUGGCAAGUCCAUCUAUGGGGAGAAAUUUGAUGAUGAGAAUUUCCUCCUGAAGCAUACGGGUCCUGGCAUCUUGUCCAUGGCAAAUGGUGGCCCCAACACAAACGGUUCCCAGUUUUUCAUCUGCACUGCCAAGACUGAGUGGUUGGAUGGCAAGCAUGUGGUCUUUGGCAAGGUGAAAGAGGGCAUGAAUAUUGUGGAAGCCAUGGAGCGCUUUGGGUCCAGGAAUUGCAAGACCAGCAAGAAGAUCACCAUUGCUGACUGUGGACAAAUCUAAUAAAUUUGACUUGUGUUUUAUCUUAACCACCAGACCAUUCUUUCUGUAGCUCAGGAGAGCACCCCUUCACCCCCAU